CUAGGGGAAUCGAUGAUGGACGGAACGGGGACGUAGCGGAUGAUCACUACCACCGGUACAUGGAAGAUGUGGAGAUCAUUCAUAGUUUGGGUGUCAACUCCUACAGAUUCUCAAUUUCAUGGGCGAGAAUCCUACCAAGAGGCCGGCUUGGAGGCGUUAAUUCAGCUGGAGUAGCGUUCUACGACCGCCUGAUUGAUGCACUCGUGCACAAAGGGAUAGAGCCAUUUGUGACACUGCAUCACUUUGAUCUGCCGCACGAAAUGGAGACCCGAUACGGCGGUUGGCUGGGCGCCGAAAUCCGGGAGGAGUUUGACUACUACGCCGACGUGUGCUUCAAGGCGUUUGGUGACCGG